AUGAGUGGAUUCAAAUCAGUAUUCAAGAAAUGGUGAGCUGUGACGCACUUUAUUAAUUAUGGAGUUAGAAAUGAACAUAAAUUAGCCCCAAAAAUUUAUUAUUGAAGAAAUAAGAAGCAAAAAACUCAUAUGCUGAUACUAGCAGCUUGGAUCGUAUGCAUAAUCUUGAUCCUUGAGAUAUUUUUGGUGAGUUUUAUAUUGAAAGAUAUAAAUAUUUUUAAUUUUUCUUUAUAA